CCUGGCAGAACUCCAGAAGCCAGUUAAUAAAAGUAUCCAUGGAGAAUACUGAAAACUCAGUGGAUUCAAAAUCUAUUAAAAAUUCGGAAACUAAGAUCAUCCAUGGAAGCAAAUCAAUGGACUCCGGAAUGUCCUUGGAUAACAGCUACAAAAUGGAUUAUCCUGAAAUGGGUUUAUGUAUAAUAAUUAAUAAUAAGAACUUUCAUAAAAGCACUGGAAUGUCAUCUCGGUCAGGUACAGAUGUAGAUGCAGCAAACCUCAGGGAAACAUUCAUGAACUUGAAAUACGAAGUCAGAAAUAAGAACGAUCUUACACGUGAAGAAAUUGUGGAAUUGAUGCGCAAUGUUUCUAAAGAAGAUCAUAGCAAAAGGAGCAGUUUUGUUUGUGUGCUUCUAAGCCAUGGUGAAGAAGGAAUAAUUUUUGGGACAAAUGGACCUGUUGAUCUGAAAAAAAUAACAAGUUUCUUCAGAGGGGAUUAUUGUAGAAGUCUAACUGGAAAACCCAAACUUUUCAUUAUUCAGGCCUGCCGAGGUACUGAACUGGACUGUGGCAUUGAGACAGAUAGCAGUAUCGAUGAUGACAUGGCGUGUCAGAAAAUACCAGUUGAGGCUGACUUCUUGUAUGCGUACUCCACAGCACCUGGUUACUAUUCCUGGCGAAAUUCAAAGGAUGGCUCCUGGUUCAUCCAAUCACUUUGUGCUAUGCUGAAACUGUACGCUCACAAGCUUGAGUUCAUGCACAUUCUUACCCGGGUUAACCGAAAGGUGGCGACAGAAUUCGAGUCCUUUUCCUUGGACUCUACUUUUCAUGCAAAGAAACAGAUUCCAUGUAUCGUGUCCAUGCUCACAAAAGAAUUGUAUUUUUAUCACUAAA